ACAUUGGCUGUCACACUGCUCGGGACUACUCAUAAAUGCAUUUUAACCUCAGAGAUCGCAUUACAUGCUCUUAAACUGAUACCAACCGUAGAGCGACAGCAGUUACAAGGCUAUUUCUGGAACGUCAUACGCCAGUCUGUAACGGAAGGCGCACUCGGACUGUUCUGUUCCAACCAGUGGUUUUACAUAAAGAAACGAUCUACCAGUCGAAGCAUGGACCGUGUGAUCCUGUACGAAGAUUGUGAAGAUAUCAGAGACAUCAUCAACAAGAUUAAUACACAAGAAAGGAAAAAGGAUAAACAAUUUGGUGCUGCCUUCUAUGCCAUUGACCUAGGUGAUGUAAUGCUGAAAAUGGACAGAUGGCUCAAGCACCUGCCAAGGGUGGAACCACACUUUGCUGUCAAGAGUAACAGCAACCCUCAGAUCCUCUCUCUCUUAGCUGACCUCGGUGCCUCAUUCGACUGUGCCAGCAGGGGUGAAAUCGGGACUAUUCUUGAUAUGGGACUGGGACCAACCCGGAUUGUGUACUCCCACAGCGUCAAACAUCCCACUGACAUCAGAUAUGCACAAGCGAGGGGCGUCGAUUUGAUUGCAUUUGAUAACGAGGAGGAACUGGUCAAAAUGAAGUCGCUGCAUCCUAACGCCAGAUUACUGCUGAGAAUCCAGAGUUCGGACAAAUAUGAAGUGGAACACCACCUGAGCGUCCAGUAUGGAUGCGAACAGAAUGAAGUCCGGUAUCUUCUUGGGAAAGCCAAGAACAUGCGACUGAAUGUGGUGGGAGUCAGUUUCCAUGUUGGAAGUGGCAUAGUGGAUGGCAGAGUCUUCAUUGAUGCUCUACAGAGAACCGACAGGGUGUUCAAAAUAGCCUCUGAACUCAACAUGUCUCUGAGUGUGGUGGAUAUUGGAGGAGGGUUUUAUGGGCACAAGACACCACCGGCGGAAUUUGAAGAGGUUGCAAGACACCUCAACGACGCCCUUGAUGAAUACUUUCCUGAUGAGAGAGGAGUUAGGAUCAUUGCAGAGCCUGGCCGCUUCUUUGUGACUUCGUGUGCGACCUUGGUCAUAACAGUUAUAGGAAAGAGGAUCAGGCGUGGUAGGAAAGAAGGUGAAGACGAGUACCUAUACUUUGUGAACGACAGCAUCUUUGGGACCUUCAACCAUACCUUCAAAAGAUGCAGCAGGGCCGAAUUACCAUCACUGCUAAAGGACCCGCGCAGCGAGGAGACUUUCAAGUCCAGUGUCUGGGGACAGACCUGUGCUGGUGACGACUCUCUCUUCGAGGAGUGUUACUUACCAGAGCUUGAAAUUGGAGACACAUUGUUUGUGGAGAAUGUGGGCGCUUACCCAAUGUCGAUAAACAAAGACGGAUCUUUUAAUGGAAUGCCACAACCGAUACCAAUCUAUGUCUGCAAGAAAGAAGCAUGGAAAUCCCAUGUCAACAUGGUACAGAGAGCAUCUCCCGCGAACAAAUGCGUGCCAGGGAACAUCACUGAAGAGAACAUCUUUUGAAGUGGACGAAGGAACAUUCGGGGAUAUACACCCAUCAUGUUAACUCUAGUUAUAGUUGUGUCUGUUGUUUUAAAGCCGCAUUCAGCAAUUUUACAGCUUUGUGACCGUCCUCUGUACAAAAUAAAGUAUUGGCCAGACAAAA